AUGGCCCAGAACGAACUCGAUCCCAAGUAUGACCAGUACGACUACCCGACCGUCGCCCCGACGGCGCAGAGUGGUCAUCCUGGCCAUCUCACCGAGGAGCAGAAGGCUCAGGUUGCUCAGCUGCGUCUGAUGCUUGAGGCAGAGGGCUACAACAAGCGCCUUGACACCUUGACCAUGCUGCGUUUCCUUCGUGCCCGCAAGUUUGAUGUCAACCUCGCCAAGCAGAUGUUCGUUGAGUUUGAGAACUGGCGGAAAACGACCAACCUCGACGCGACCGUCCCAACUUGGGAGUAUCCCGAGAAGGCCGAGAUCUUCAAGUACUACCCUCAGUACUAUCACAAGACUGACAAGGAUGGCCGCCCUGUUUACAUCGAGCAGCUUGGUGGUAUUGACUUGAACGCCAUGUACAAGAUCACCACAGCUGAGCGCAUGCUGACCAACCUGGCUGUCGAGUACGAGAAGUGCGCUGACCCUCGUUUCCCUGCCUGCUCGCGCAAGGCCAACCACCUUGUUGAGACUUGCUGCACCAUCAUGGACCUUAAGGGUGUUGGUAUUUCUCGCGUUCCUCAAGUCUACACCUACGUCAAGCAGGCUUCGGUCAUCUCCCAGAACUACUACCCCGAGCGUCUUGGCAAGCUCUACAUGAUCAACGCCCCCUGGGGCUUCUCUACCGUCUGGGGUGUCGUCAAGGGCUGGCUCGAUCCCGUUACCGUCUCAAAGAUUAACAUCCUCGGCUCCGGUUACCAGAAGGAGCUCCUCAACCAGAUCCCUGCCGAGAACCUUCCCAAGUCUUUGGGCGGAAAGUGCGAGUGCCAGGGCGGUUGUGAGCUCAGCGAUGCUGGCCCGUGGCACGAGAAGGAGUGGACCAAGGAGCCCUGGUGGGCCAAGCCUCAACCUGCUAACGACGUUAUCGAGAACAAGGGCGGCGAGACCGUCACUGCCCCUGCUGGCGGUCAGGCUCCCGCGGGCACUGCUGUCACCACCGACACUGCUGCUGACCCCGCCAAGGCCCCUGCUGCGGCAUAA